GGAUUCCUUCACCAAAAAAGCGCGCGGCCGUGCGGCUGGCUCGUCAAUCCUACCAGUUUCCAUCUGCGGCGGGUCGCGCAUCUCGCCGAAGGACAUCACCAAGGACAUCACCAAACCCCAGGUUGCUGCGUGUGCGUACACUGCGUAGUUUUCCCAGCCCGGCCUACCAUCGCCGACGUUGGACGUUGGACGUUGUCACCCCUCGGGGCUUUCGGUCGUCUUCUUCCCCUCGGGUCGCUUUCGGUCGCCAUAGCCCAGCAGUGGUUGUCCACCAUUAUCGACUGCAAGUUAUCCAUUGAAGUACGGCAUAUUGGCGGAGCGGCGGCAAGGAAGGAGGAGAAUGUCUGAGGAGGAGCGAAGGAGGAAAGACAUCGUUGGACAGGUGGUAGCGUCCGUGGUCGUAUUGGUGGUAUAACCUUGGAAAUCGUGAGUGGGAGGAGACGAGGGGAGGUGGUGGUCGUUGUUGAGAAGCAUCGUUGGACCAUCGGAGGGAUAGCGUCGGAGUGAGCGGGAGGAGAGACAAGGAAAGGUGGUAGUCGGUGCUGAGUAGCUUCGGUGUGUGCAGAGUCGGUGGUAGCAUCGGAGGUACAGCGUCGGAAAUCGGGAGCGGUAGGAGAGGAGGUGAGGUGUGAGUGGGAGGAGAGGAGGUGAAGUGGUGGUCGGUGGUGAGAAAGAUGAGCGAGGACACGUCAACGGACAGGGAUGACCACGGAGGUGAAGUUGUAAGGACCUUAUUCAUUUCUGGACUGCCACAAGAUGUGAAGGAGAGAGAGCUGUACACACUCUUUCGUCCUUACGAUGGAUAUGAAAGCUCGCAGAUCCAGCUGCCGUUGAGGUCUCCACAUCCUGUUGGAUUUGCAGUUUUUGUGGAUCAGGAAUCGGCUUUGGUGGCCAGGGAUGGCCUGAAUGGUACUGUUUUUGAUCCCAGCAAUCCAUCUCUGAAGCUCAGAGUUGAAUUGGCAAAAGCCAACUCGAAACCAAAACGAGCGCGACCAGAAGAAGGGUCGUCGCCUGACAAAGUCGAUAGGAAAUUCAGAGGGCCACCUGCGCCCAUAUCCAUGCCUGCACAUCUUCGUGAAACGGUCCCAAUGUACAUACCAGCAUGGGCAGCAGCGCCGCCGAGGCAGAGAUGGCGAUAAUGUGUUGCGACUUACUUCAACAUAGGAGAGAAACGGGCCAAAUGGCCUUCAGAAGUAGAAUUACAAAGGAGCGUGCAUGCAAUUCAAGUCUGCAUAAAGCUGCUGUAAUGACCUCGAUGUGGUCUUGCUGCCUGUAAUUUGUGCUGCUCUGGCAGAUUGGUUCGUUCAGCAGUUUUAUUAGAGGAAAAGAUGAACAGCAUUGGGUUGGGGAUUGCGGUUAUGCACUUUGCUAUUGGGUUGGGCUGCAGGUGAUCUUGAGCUGCUAAGGGGAUAGCAGUCGUACGCUUUUUUUGCUGGCUGUGAACGCAUUUCGAAGGCCGAGUUGGACGAGCUGCCACCCGGAUGUGGACCUCGGCUAACUUCGUCGCCAGGAACUAUAGGGAGCUGCAUACAGGAGGCGCAAGCUGAGAACAAGAACGCAUUUCGAUCGUUUCGGAAAGGUCUGCACCAUGGCUGACUUUGUCACAAGGAGCUAUAUGGAUCUGCUUAGGGGAAACGAGUGUGCUGAUUGGCUUCAGUUUACACCAUGACGGUAAUGCCGGUGGAGGCUAUGGAAAUAGGAGGGAGCUGUGGAACCCAACCAUCAAGCACAAGUUGGCGGAGCUUGAAGAGAGAUGUGGAGAUUGAGCGCUGCUAUGAAAGCAGUGAAGCUUCUCGUUUGGAUUGGGAGCAGACUUGAUUUGCCACAAGCACCGCUCAGGUUAAGGUGAUCAGGGGAGAAGAGGAAGCAGAGGAUGGAUGAGGAUUGGUACAGGAUGGGUACAAGGAUGUUGAAAGCCCUGGCUACAGCCCUGGAGGAUCUUCGGCAGGUCUUCUGUUUGAUGUACAGUCUAAGUGACGCCGGGAGUUAUCUGGUCCAAAGGGAAACAAAAAAAACUCAAGGAUUCACACAAAGGAAAAAGAAAAGAGCAACACAGGGGGAAAUGGUUGUGUUGUGCUAUUUCCGCCUCGCGUAUAGUACUUGUCAAGUGUGAGGAUUGGGAAGAAGUGCGUAAUAAUAUUCCGGAUAGAUACAGUAUGUUCGACAAUGGUUUGAAAGUGACAAUGAGAAACGAGCUCCCACGAUGAUGCCUGGUGUUUGGAAUGUCAAGCAGACAGUUUCGGAUGAGGCGGGGGGACGAGCAGAGCGUUCCUCCGAGCAAAUGUAAUAUGGAGAAAUGCGUAGGGUUGUGGAGUGGAAUGAUGACGUCCGCAGCAGCAACAGCACCGGUCAAAAUGUGAUAUGGAGAAAUGCGUAGGGUUGUGGAGUGGAAUGAUGACGUCAGCAGCAGCAACAGCACCGGUCGAUCGGAUUCACCGUGACAGCACGGCUCGUGUGGUGUGUUCUUCAGCGAGAAUUCGGCUUUUGUAUCAAGGCGAGAUCUUGUGCAGGUUUUGGCUUUCCCGUUGAAUUGCGGAUCAUGAUUAAGAUGCUGGAGGGUGCGAGGCAGUAGCGAUGGAAACAGCAGCAACAGCAGCAGAAGCAGAAGCAGCAGCAACAGCAGCAGCAACAGCAGCAGCAGCAUGUAACAGCCGUGUCCUCUUGCUGGAGGAUGUAGUUAGUUCGGAUUUCAAGUUGAAUUAGAGAAGAGGAGAGGAGAGUUGCAUGUGUGGGUUGGGAGAGCUUUUAGGCCGAAAGCAGAGAGAGCGAUGUUGGUUGUGAGGCAGAGAGAGGGGUCUGUGGAUUGUGAGAGUGUAGUUUAUUCUAGGAAUUGUAGGCGGGGUGCUUUCGGAUGUAUUCGGUGAUUUUGGCAGUUUGUCGUUAGCAAGAGAAGUAGAGUGAAUUGUUGAUUGUCGAGGCUUUUGCAUCUCUGUGACCAGCGUCCCACCGUUGGCUGACGAUGGUAUUUUGAAAGGGUUUCGUGAAGGCUGAAGGAGUGGUAUGACUGGAUGGCGAAGUUCUGAGACUCUGCCGAUGAUCCAGGGCUUCAACGUGCUGUGGGAGGGUGCAGAAACUUGCCCAAAAGCCUGAACUAGAAAGUUUACACUCUCCACUCUUCGGCUCAUUCUAUCUCUUUCUGUCCUCAGGAUUUCGACUCUCUGGAGUUUGAGCAAUUCUGUGUAUUAAACUUUUUAACCCGCAGUGCUGUUCAUUGAAUUGUCUGUGAUGAUGUGUGAUGCCAGAUUGUCUAAGUGAACCAUUGCAAUACGAGACAGAAAGAUGGAGUGAAAAAAAAGAAAGAUGGAGUGAAAAAAAAAAAAGAAGAAACAAAGAUGGACUAUGUGC